GUGAAAACCCUGAGCGAGGAGAUGGCAGCGCUGGAAGAGAACAUCGCCAAGCUGACGAAGGAGAAGAAGGCCCUGCAGGAGGCUCACCAGCAGACGCUGGACGACCUCCAGGCGGAGGAGGACAAAGUCAACUCCCUCACCAAGGCCAAGGCCAAGCUGGAGCAGCAAGUCGACGAGCUUGAGGGUUCUUUGGAACAGGAAAAGAAAACUCGCAUGGACGUCGAAAGGGCGAAGCGAAAAGUGGACGGCGACUUCAAAAUGUCCCAGGAGGCUGUGACAGACCUAGAAAAUGACAAACAGCAGCUGGAAGAGAAGAUGAAAAAGUAA